AUGGCGCUCGACCUGGAUCACAGAGACGAGGACUCCUCCACCGACGAAGACGACAACGCGUCUCAGACUACUGAAGAUGACCCGGAGAUUCCCGAGCAGCCUGUGCAACCUCCCCCUCCACCCCCUCAGCCUGUGCAGGCACCUCCACCUCCGGCACCGCCGGCGCCCACUCCUGGCAGACCCAAACCACACUAUGAGCUUGUACACACACUACGCGGACACAAGGGUCCAAUAUCUUCUGUGAAAUUCAGUCCCGACGGCCAACUUCUCGCUACUUGCGCCGACGAAACACUCGUGAAGAUAUGGUCGCCCGAGACUGGUGAACUGAUCAGGAACCUGGCUGGACAUACGAAGGGGUGCUCGGAUCUGUCUUGGUCGCCUGACAGCAUGCAUCUGGCCUCCGCUUCCGACGAUACGACAGUACGAGUAUGGAAUGUCGACACAGGUCUUCCGCUACAUACAUUGAAGGGUCAUUCGACUUAUGUGUUUUCCGUGAACUACAACUCGGCCGGUACGACGAUAGCGUCGGGUGGGUGCGACGGGGACAUCAAGUUAUGGGAUGCUGCGAAAGGGAAGUGCAGGAAGACCCUGAACGCACACCUCGACUACGUUACCUCUGUGCACUUCAAUCGUGAUGGAUCACUAUUGGUCUCUUGCUCGCUGGAUGGUCUCAUUCGCAUAUGGAACACCAAUAACGGUCAGGCGCUGAAGACGUUGACUGAGGGCAACAAUGCAGUCUGCCAGAACGUGCAAUUUUCACCCAACUCAAAGUAUAUCCUCUCUACCGCCCACGACAGUGCUAUCCGCCUCUGGGACUACAACGCUUCGCGUUGCCUGAAGACAUACACCGGCCACAAGAGCGAGACGUACUGCAUUGGCGCCAGCUUCUCCGUCACCGGCGGGAAGUGGAUCGUAUCCGGUAGCGAAGAUAAUAAGGUUUACAUCUGGGACUUGCAAAGCCGCGAAGUCGUGCAAGUGUUAGAAGCUCAUACUGGCAUCGUUGUCGCUGUAUCGACACAUCCUCAAAAGAACAUGAUCGCGUCAGGCUCGAUAGGGACCGAUCUCACUGUGCGGCUAUGGGUGGACAGAGGCCCUCCGUCGUAA